GUACGGUUCCCAAAACGCGGCCGUCUCCCAGGCCACUGAGCCUCGACUCGCGUCGCGCAGGAGCAGCCCCGGCCGCGCAGCGCAUCAAUUGGACGCAGAGCGAAGUCGCAGCAUUUCACGCCAUGGAAUAUCUCAGCGCCGAACUCCUUAAUGGCGCGCCAGUCAAGCUGUUCGAGGUGGAGCAUGUGAGAGGUGACUUGGGCGUUGAUGCCGUCGCGCGGCUGGUCACGCCGCCAUACGUGCUCGCCUGGCCGAACCAAGGAAAGUGCUCCUUCUACGCCGGCGGCGCGAAGCGCCUCGAUUUAGCUCGCGCGCGCGUGAUAGCUCAUACCAUGAAGUCGUACAGCGACGUCGGCUGGAACAUAAGCGAUCCUGCGGCCGAGACAUUCUCGUUUAUUGUAAGAGUUACAGACAUGGAGGAGGGGCUCACCGCAGACGGGCACAGGAGCCUGAAGAGCGGGGAGGAGACUGCCAAGCGCGAGUGGUUGGCGGGCACCUUCGCAAGGUUCGGAACGAACAACAAGAACGUCUGUGGUGACGCCGUCUACAAGGACCACGACGGUUCGGUGUGUUACUACGGCGUCGCCGCGAGCCUGGCCGGCCUCCAAGAACCCCGGAACCGGCGCCGAGCAGCGAUUAUCGCCGGCCAGCUGCAGCCGCCGCCCCGUUGCAAAAUGUGGCCGGACGACGAACUCGAUAUUCUUUUUGCCCACGCCGAGGCCAACUUCCCGUUCCGCAACUGGAAGCUCUGCGUCGAGACGCUCGUCGAAUUCGGCCACGCUAGCCGCUCGGUAGCCGCAUGUUCUCGCAUGUUCUCUAGAUAUGCGGACGACUUCGGCGUAAAGAGGGUAACGCGAGAAGAUAUCAACGAGGCGCGCAGAGCGAACAUGAUGGGUCGCGAGUUGGUAUUGCAAACCCAAUUCCGUGCUGAGGCGAAAGACCGGCUCGCGACGGCGGUCGUCGCCGUGGGCGCCGAGGUCGAUGCUAUUGUAGAAUACGACGCGGAAUUCUUUGUUCAGUUCACAAAGGAAAAGAUCGCCGAGGAGAUCGAGCGGCUGCGCGACGAUCGCCCCGAGGUCUAUGCAAGGGCGGGGCAGGGGCUCAUGCAGGAGCCACAGCCGGUGUCUUCUGCGUCGGCGUUGUCUUCUGGGUGGAGACGACCGGCCGACGCCACGUGGCCGCCGACCGCGGUCGCGCACCUCGCGGGCCGGACUUUAGUGUUUAGUGGGAAAUGUCACGAGCCGCGCCGAAAUCAAUAGUACAAGAGAGAGAGAGUCGGCUCGAUGGCGUGGCGGUCGAAUACAUCGGUCUCACUGGUUGAUUCCACAUAGGCCUCGAGGUGCGGGGCGGUGCGUCGCAGCGCGACCUCCUGCACGCGUUGCGAAAUGUGGAUGGUGUGGACGACGUGAAGACGAGCCCUCGCCUUACCCACGACUGCAUCGUGGUCUACGCGCCGGACGUCGCAAAUCCGCCGCGCGGCAAGUACGGCGAAGCGAUGAAGCGCGGCGGCUACGACACGAUCGAGCUCGGGACGCUAUUACAGAUGCUGCCUGAUGACGCCGUCCCGAGAGGCUUGCAGGCGGACGUGGCCCGCCUACGCGCGGCUCGCGCGGCUCGCCCUUCUUCCGAGCGGCCCCAGAAGCCGAAGAAUGCCGACGAUCUCGUGACGCACCACGUCGCAUUAACGGGCAAUGCUCCUGGAGGUAUCAUCCAGAUCGACCUCGCCGAGAAGCUGAGCCCGCACGUGUCGUCGAUUCAUCUCGGUGGCAUGAAUCAGCGGACGACGCUCCUCCUCGUCGGUGACCUUAGUCGUGUCGUCGGUGGCGAAUCCACGAACCUUAGAAAGGCGGAGAAUGCCAACAUACCGACGAUCACGUACUCGGAGCUCUUUAGACUACUGCCUGCGCUCGCACCAUCCUCUGGGCCGGCAUCCUCUAGGCUGGCGUUGCCUCGGGCGCGAUCGACUGUUGUGGCGCCGGGGGGGCUUCCCUGCGCGAUCUGCGAGACUUCUUGCGAUGCAAGGUUCGCGUUCUGUGGCCAGUGCUGGCGCUCGCCGCUCAAAGCCCGCCAGGCGGCCUACUGCGACGCUCUGGCCGCCCAGCGGGACGCACAACGGGAGAUUAUUGUCCGGGCGGCACCUUCUCUGAGGCGUUACGGUGAUAUUGAUCAGCCACCCGCUUCGACGUUACCGACCAACAUCGAGCAGCUCAAGUCCCGCGUCGAGUCGGCGGAGAGACUCUUGGGGCGCGAGUGGUGUCUGUCUCCACCGGAGCGGCCGGAGCCGCCCCCCCAGAUACGACGCGAGCCGGGGGCGGCGGCUGCAGGCGCGCCGCACCCGUCCACGCCGGCACCGCCGCGGGCGCCCCCAGUCGCGCCGCCUCGGCCGCCGACCACGCGCCGCCCGUCCGCGCAAGCGCUGGUCGUCGAUGCGGGACCGGCGAGCGGUCCGGUCGUGCGUGCUCGUAGUGGUCGAGGUGGUGCGAGCGGUCCGGUCGUGCGUGCUCGUAGUGGUCGAGGUGGUGCGAGCGGUCCGGUCGUGCGUGCUCGAAGUGGUCUAGGUGGUGCGACGAGGACUCAGUCUGGCCACUUGUCGGCGAGCGCCCCUGACGUCGACAUGACGAACGUGAACACGCCCCAAGAUGUCGAGCAAUUUCGGGAUUUCGGUGUGACUAAACUCAGGAAGCUCGGGCUGUCCGCCAUGCGCACGAUCCUCAGAGCGGUACGUGAGCCAGUGGAAACAACAGCCACAAACGGGGGGGCGGUGCAAAAGGAACUGGCCGAUCGUAUCCAGAAGUAUUUCGACACGCACGACCCCCCCCCCCGCGCCUAAGGCCACCUCCUACGCCGUCGCCCCGAAUGAUC